CUUCUCUGUGCAGCAAUGCUGCCGAGCCUCAGGGCCAAGACACACGUGAUACUCCUUCUGAGUGCGUUCGUAACACUAUCCCCCUUCUUGCCUAGCGUGGUCCCCACGCUUAAGUAUGCCAAAGGAAAUACCGACGACGACCCAUGACCGUCUUCUUCUUUCAUCAUGUCCUCCAAAACCACCAAAUACAAACAAAGGAUAGCACUUGCUGAAACGAUCAACUCCUACGGCUCGCCCAGCAUGCCGUGUUCCAAUUGUAUUCGCUACCAUCGCAAUUGCGUGGUCCUGAAUGAGAAGUCCCAGAGGUGUGGGGAGUGUGUCCGUCGCGGCGUGAAAUGCGAUGCUCUUCAGGUUUCUAUCGACGACCUCCAAAGUCUUCGUAUGGAGGAAGAUCGCCUGAAGUUUGAGAGAGAUAUGGCCUUCGAGGCGGCCAUGGCCGGCCUGGCUCGCGUCCGCGAGCUCGAGCAGCGCCAAGCCGAGCUUCGCGAGCGAGGGAGGGAAAUGCUUCGUCGUGGUCUGAGAACUCUGGAUGAGUUGGACGAGGCUGAGGCAAAAGAAAGAGUGGAGAAGGCGGAGGCGCGGGAAGCAGCGGAGAGGGAGAAGCAAGCUUCUGCCGCUCGGCCACCUACACCGCCGCCCGCCGGCGACUCCUCCGAGUUCCACCUGGUUGAUGAACCGCUGCCUGACUUUGGGAACUCCUUCUGGGAAGACCUGGGUUUCGUUGAUGGAAACUUCGCAGCAACCCAGGGCAGUGGAGGUUAG